GAUAACUUCAAAAAUGCAAUAGUACUUGUAAUUAAAUAAUACAACAAACAAACCAAUACAUAACUUCUUACCUCUAUAUAAAAUCUAUGGCUAUUGGUAAAUGUUUUAUAAAAAAGAUCUCACACACACACAAGUAGUCAAACAAAAAACAUGGCAAACGUAGCUACGUUCAUCUUCUCCAUCCUUUUCUUCAUCUCCACUGCAAGUGCCGCCACAUUCGAGAUCCUGAACCAAUGUGGUUACACCGUAUGGGCCGCGGCAAGCCCCGGAGGUGGCCGGCGUCUUAAUUCCGGCCAGUCAUGGACGCUAAAUGUCCCGGCCGGCACAUCUAUGGCACGGAUUUGGGGUCGGACCAACUGUAACUUUGAUUCUUCGGGCCGUGGCCGAUGUGAGACAGGUGACUGUACUGGUGGGCUUCAGUGUACCGGUUGGGGGCAGCCACCAAACACGUUGGCUGAGUAUGCGUUGAACCAAUUCAACAACUUAGACUUCUACGAUAUUUCACUUGUCGAUGGAUUUAACAUUCCCAUGGAGUUUAGCCCAACAACCUCGAGUUGCCACCGGAUACUAUGUACCGCGGACAUAAAUGGACAGUGUCCGAACGUGUUAAGAGCACCAGGCGGUUGCAACAACCCGUGCACCGUUUUUAAGACGAACCAUACAUUU